ACGUUUAUGGCGUUGACGUGGCUUUGUCCUCGCUCGUUUCCUGACUGUGCUGGUGGAUGAGGCGGCGGGGGUGGCCAGCUUGGAGACGAUAGUGUAUAAUCUGCUUUCACCAUGGGAGAGAUAGAGCAGAGGCCAAGUCCAGGAUCGCGACUGGGGGCCCCAGAGAAUUCGGGGAUCAGCACCUUGGAACAUGGACAGAAGCCGCCCCCAACACCUUCAGGAAAACUCAUGUCCAUCAAAAUCCAGAUGCUGGAUGACACCCAGGAGGCAUUUGAAGUUCCACAAAGAGCCCCCGGGAAAGUGUUGCUGGAUGCAGUUUGCAACCACCUCAACCUCGUGGAAGGGGACUAUUUUGGCCUCGAGUUUCCCGACCACAAAAAGAUCACGGUGUGGCUGGAUCUCUUAAAACCUAUUGUCAAGCAGAUUAGAAGGCCAAAGCAUGUUGUUGUGAAGUUUGUGGUGAAAUUCUUUCCACCUGACCAUACGCAACUCCAAGAAGAACUCACAAGGUACCUGUUUGCGCUGCAGGUGAAGCAGGACCUGGCUCAAGGCCGGCUGACGUGCAAUGACACCAGCGCGGCCCUCUUGAUCUCACACAUCGUACAAUCCGAGAUUGGGGAUUUCGAUGAAGCAUCAGACAGAGAGCAUUUAGCAAAAAACAAGUACAUACCUCAGCAAGAUGCGCUAGAAGACAAAAUCGUGGAGUAUCAUCAUAACCACAUUGGACAGACCCCAGCGGAAUCAGAUUUCCAGCUUCUGGAGAUUGCCCGUAGGCUGGAGAUGUAUGGGAUCCGGUUGCACCCGGCUAAGGACAGGGAAGGCACGAAGAUCAACCUGGCCGUGGCCAACACGGGGAUUCUCGUGUUUCAGGGUUUCACCAAGAUCAAUGCCUUCAACUGGGCGAAGGUGCGCAAGCUGAGCUUCAAGAGGAAGCGCUUUCUCAUCAAGCUCCGCCCCGACGCGAAUAGCUCGUACCAGGAUACCUUGGAAUUUCUAAUGGCCAGUCGGGAUUUUUGCAAGUCGUUCUGGAAAAUCUGUGUUGAACAUCAUGCCUUUUUUAGACUUUUUGAAGAGCCCAAACCAAAGCCAAAGCCCGUUCUCUUUAGUCGAGGGUCUUCCUUCCGGUUCAGCGGUCGGACUCAGAAGCAGGUUCUCGACUAUGUUAAAGAAGGAGGACAUAAGAAAGUGCAGUUUGAAAGGAAACAUAGCAAGAUCCAGUCCAUCAGAAGCCUUGCCACACAGCCUACAGAGCCGAAUUCAGAAGUGCCAAGACAGGCGCAGCAGAGUGCCAGCCUUCCGCCCGGAGAAGGCGCGGAGCCCGCCGGAGGCGCGAGCGGCCAGCAGGCAGCGGAGCAGAGCGCUUCGGCUGAAGAGCGCCAGAGCCCCGCGCCGCCCAAGAGCCCCGCGGGCGGCGGGAAGGCGGACGGAGCCCCGCGGGCGCCGGCCGACGAAGAGGAGGAGGUCGUUAAGGAUAGGACCCAGCAGAGUAAAGCUCAGCCCCCGCAGCCGAGCACAGGCUCCCUGACUGGUAGCCCUCACCUUUCAGAGCUGUCCAUCAACUCGCAGGGAGGAGCUGUGCCCGCCAAUGUGAUCUUGUCUCCCAGCCUGAGCCCCGACACCAAGCAGGCCUCUCCCUUGGUCAGCCCGCUGCUGAACGACCAGGCGUGCCCACGCACCGACGACGAGGAGGAAGGCCGGAGAAAGAGAUUCCCGACUGACAAGGCCUACUUCAUCGCUAAGGAGGUCUCCACCACCGAGAGAACGUACCUGAAGGAUCUGGAGGUCAUCACUUCGUGGUUUCAGAGCACAGUCAGCAAAGAGGACGCCAUGCCCGAAGCCUUGAAAAGCCUCAUAUUCCCGAAUUUUGAACCUUUGCACAAGUUUCAUACGAGUUUUCUUAAGGAGACUGAACAACGACUAGCCCUGUGGGAAGGCCGCUCAAACGCCCACGUCAGAGGGGACUACCAAAGAAUCGGAGAUGUCCUGCUGAAGAACAUUCAGGGUAUGAAGCAACUGGCGGCUCACCUGUGGAAGCACAGCGAAGCUCUGGAGGCGCUGGAGACGGGCAUCAGGAGCUCACGGCGGCUGGAGAGCCUGUGCAGAGACUUCGAGCUGCAGAAGGUGUGCUACCUGCCGCUCAACACCUUCCUCCUGCGCCCGCUGCACCGGCUCAUGCACUACAAGCAGGUCCUGGAGCGCCUGUGCAAGCACCACCCGCCCAGCCACGCAGACUUCAGGGACUGCAGGGCUGCCCUAGCGGAGAUUACUGAAAUGGUGGUGCAGCUCCACGGUACGAUGAUCAAGAUGGAGAAUUUCCAGAAGCUGCAUGAACUCAAGAAAGACUUGAUUGGCAUCGACAAUCUUGUGAUUCCAGGAAGGGAAUUCAUUCGCCUGGGCAGCCUCAGCAAGCUCUCCGGCAAGGGCCUCCAGCAACGCAUGUUCUUCCUGUUCAACGAUGUCUUGCUGUACACAAGCAGGGGGCUGACGGCCUCGAAUCAGUUCAAAGUCCACGGGCAGCUCCCGCUGUACGGCAUGACGAUCGAGGAGAGUGAGGACGAGUGGGGCGUGCCCCACUGCCUGACCCUGCGGGGCCAGCGGCAGUCCAUCGUCGUGGCGGCCGGCUCUAGAGCCGAGAUGGAGAAGUGGGUGGAGGACAUACAGAUGGCCAUCGACUUGGCAGAGAAAAGCAGCGGCCCCACUCCCGAGUUCCUGGCCAGCAGCCCCCCUGACCACAAGUCCCCCGAGGAGGCCGCGGUGGCCGACCAGGAGUCGGAGGACGACCUGAGCGCGUCGCGCACGUCGCUGGAGCGCCAGGCGCCGCACCGCGGCAACACCAUGGUGCACGUGUGCUGGCACCGCAACACCAGCGUGUCCAUGGUGGACUUCAGCGUCGCCGUGGAGAAUCAGCUGUCUGGGAACCUGCUGAGGAAGUUCAAAAACAGCAACGGGUGGCAGAAGCUGUGGGUGGUGUUCACCAACUUCUGCCUGUUCUUCUACAAGUCCCACCAGGACCACCACCCCCUGGCCAGCCUGCCCCUGCUCGGCUAUUCGCUCACCAUCCCCUCGGAGGCCGAGGACAUCCACAAGGACUACGUGUUCAAGCUGCAUUUCAAGUCUCACGUGUACUACUUCAGGGCCGAAAGCGAAUACACAUUCGAAAGGUGGAUGGAGGUGAUCCGCAGCGCGACCAGCUCGGCCUCCCGCGCCCACGUUCUGAGUCACAAAGAAUCCCACGUGUACUGACGCGGAUGGUUGAGCAGCGGCGGCUUUCCUGGGAGACCCUUCCUUUUCCUCUGUAUUAACGACGCCUCGUAAAAUUAACACGCGGCCGGGACCCAGAUCCCUGUCCCUCCGCCACACCGUUCUAACCUUGUCUUUCCGAGCCGCUCGCUCGUGUGUCGUCGGAGCGGAACGCGCUCCCCCCGCGGACGCCGGAGCUUCUGUCGUCCUCCCGCGGGGGCGCUUUCCAGCCCGAGCCAGUAUUAAAGCGUGGUCAUUAACGUAGUGCCAAAUGACAGUUGUUCUUCACAAACUGCACCUUCAGAGCAGUACAGCCGCAUCCGUUCAACCAAACGCGACCGGGCAAGUGCUCUUCUUUGUCUUAAAAAAGACCCUUCUUUCGAUUUAGAGGCUGGUGCAUUUUAAAGCGGAUUUUUCCAAUGUUUGUGAUACCCUGGCACCGUCUUAAGCAAAUGAGAUCAUUUUCCGAUUUCGUUUUUUUCAACCUUUCUACUUUUAUAAUAGUAGCGAGUUAGUAGGAUUUACUUCUUUGAUCGAUACGCAGUUUGCAGCACACGAAGUAUGUUCCACACCCUGGGGUCUUCUGCUCCAAGGAAGUGGACCAAAUCGCUGAAGGGGUCGCGUUCUGUCCCGAGAGGCGGAGCCCAGCGCCGCGCCCGCACUCGCGGCGGUGUGCGCGGUGCACAAGCAUGAGAACCUGUAUGUCUGUAACCGGGGCCAUUUGUGAGCUGUGACGUCCCGAGGGUGGGUGCGGCCCCCGUCAUUCCCGUGUCCUGCAACUGUGGCUUGGAAUUGCACAUUCAGUAGUAGUGUCUAUCGUGCCUGUCUUCAAACAAACCUUCUCCCCUCCUUUCUAUACUCCUCCCCGCCCCCAGGCAUGGGGGGCAGCAGUGCGCCCCCGCGCACCCUCCCCGGGAACCCGGCUCCUGGCGUAAUUGCUGGUGCCCACUCGGCAAGGUGUCCUCUGCGGGGGGCGGGGGCUGCUAUUCCCGAGUAUUCUUAAACCCUUUCUGACACGGCCCAGAGGGGGGCGACCAGUCCAGCAUCUCCCAGUGCCCGCAGCACAGCUGGGAGAGCCCCUUCCCCAGGAAACACGGGGCGGCCCGCCGUGGGGAGGCUGGGACUGGUGGGCGUGGAAACGGCAACGUGCAGAUGGACCAGGAGCCCGAGACGUGUUCAUCAUUUGCCUUACGAAUAUGUACCAGAUGGUUUUCAGUACUAACAAAAGGGAAUAAAAAUACCUCACGCCACAAUCCAGCAUACUCAAGUUUUAAGGCAAAACAUAA